AUGGCAAUCCUCGGGUCCCUGCUGCUGCCACUGGGGCUGUUUCUGUGCCUUGGACUGCUGUGUUCUCCUGCCAGCUGCAUAAGUCACAAUGGCAACUGCAUGCUCUUCAAUAAGGUUAUUGUCGCCACUUACUCAGGAAUCCAUGCCAACCCAAACGUCUAUAAAAGCAAUACAGUCUACACAGUGUCAGUUCCUGUGAAUAAAAAUAUUACCUCUGUGAUCCUGCGAGCAAUAGACCAGGACAACUCACUCAUUGGCUCCUGGCAAAAAGCUGACAAGUAUUGCAGCAGCAGCGUCUUGUACCACAUGAAGAGCCGAUACAGCAAGUUCUUCGAGGCAAAAUGGGUAUCUCCUAGUUCCAUGAACAUAACUACAGUCGAGCUACAAGUCUUCACAGUCGAUUUGCACAAGGUGGCUAGAGUUUCUUUUAAGAUACUGAGAAGAAAUGGGACAACCUCAGACUUGACCACCAAGAUCUCCACAAUCAAGCCAACCACAGCCACAACCCCAAUCCCAACCCACAAGCUAACCACAACCCCAACCCACAAACUAAACACAAGCCCGAUCCACAAACUAAACACAACCCCGACCCACAAACUAGCCACAACCCCGACCCACAAACCAACCACAACCCCGACCCACAAACUAGCCACAACCCCGACCCACAAACUAACCACAACCCUGACUCACAAACUAGCCACAACCCCGACCCACAAACUAACCACAACCCUGACCCACAAACUAACCACAACCCCGGCCCAGGAACUAACCACAAUCCACAAAAUAACCACAACCCAUAAAUUAACCACAACCCAAACCACAGCCAAAAGCUUGGCCAACAGAGCCUUCCUCAGCCCCAUGAGAGAUGCCAUUCAGAUCCUGCUCGUCUUUCUCACCAGCAAACUCCUCUUCUAGAAGGAAGCUGGGGGAACAAUUGCUUCUGCCUCCACUGCAUCCUUCUAUGUUCAGUCCCAAGACAGGGCUCUGACCUGUGUGAAUGAAGACUCUGCGUUCUCAGGGUACAACUCUACUGCCACUGCUUCAGACCCAAAUGGAGACCUGAGGGUCACUUAGUGGAGGGUAGCCAGUCUGCUCACUGCUGUUCAACUGGAUCUCUCAGGACACAAAUUAGGCUUUUUGUAACCUGGUCUGGGUGUAACUUGGAAUUCUGGCUCUUAAUUUAACAUGUUGACAGCCAAUUCCGCAGUCAGUCUAAACUUUUGUUUAGAUGCAACGCCAGUAGUAUUUGAAGGGAAAGAAAAUAAGAAUGUACCAUGUCUGAGUAGCCAAGGAUAGGGAAAGAUUAUGGUAUAAAGGCAUUAUUUUCUGUCAUACCAAAUACGCUAUGCUUCAAGCAAGAAUAAUGAAUGUGUUAAAUU